AAGUGCGGUGUUCGCAGUUAGCAAUGGACUUCACAUGACAUUAUUCACAACUUGGAUUAAUUUGAUGGAAAACCCUUUUGAUUAUUUUAAUCUUUGGACCCUUAUGGACUAAAGGAUUAUAAAGAAUCGAGGAAUCAACACAUAUUUGGACUUUAUGACUGCUUCAAAGAUGACUCAGUGAUGAGAGUGGCCGAGAGGAGAGACGGACGCUUCUUUUCUUCUUCUAUGUGGAGCGGCAGUGCGCAAAAGUGCGCUCCGUGGUUCAGCAUCUUCUUCAUCAUCACCAUCCUCCUCAUCUUCCUCCGCUCCUCCUGAGAGAUCAACCCUCAACCCAAAACCAGAGAGAUCCUCCCAGAAUCCCCCGUGCGAGAUGUGCUGUGGACUGCCGAUGAUUUCUCCUCCUCCUCCGGUUCAAAUUCAAUGGCAGACAAAGACUGCACUUCUCACUGCGCUUGUUAUCACUGAGCUCAGAGAGACAGAUCUGGUCCACAGCUAAACCAUUGUCUCCUUUCCUUGCUUCUGUGUCUUUGCCAAUCUUCAUACCAUCACCAUGACUUGUUACCUGGCGUCUGCCUUUCUUCUGGUUCUCCAGACAUAUGCCGCCCCGCCUGAGUUCAUCCAGACAGGAUUUGGCAUAACACUGGACCCUAUGGACCUUGAUCCUGGACUAGCAGUUAACGUCUCUGGAGAUGUACCCUCCUCUCCACCCCCGGGGACGAGUAAAAGAGCCCCACACAGUAUCAUUAUUGGGGUACGCAAGGGGGGCACGAGAGCCCUGUUGGAGAUGCUCGACAUACACCCUGAGGUUGCUGCCGCCGCCACCGAGGUGCACUUCUUCGACUGGGAUGAGAACUAUGCCAAGGGCUUCGAGUGGUACCGCGACUUGAUGCCAUACUCGUACCCACACCAGAUCACAGUGGAGAAAACUCCAGGCUACUUCACGUCAGCCCUCGCGCCAGAACGCAUCUGCGCCAUGAACUCGUCCAUAAAGCUGCUGCUGAUCUUGCGAGAGCCGGCCGAGCGGGUCAUCUCCGACUACACCCAGGUGUACUUCAACCGGCUGGAGAACCACAAGCCGGUGCAAGCCAUCGAGAACCUGCUAGUGCGCAACGGAGCCCUGAACAUCCGGUACAAGGCCAUUCAGAGGAGCCUGUACGACGUCCACAUGCGCAACUGGCUGCGCCACUUCCCCCUGGAGCAGAUACACAUCGUAGACGGGGACGCUCUGAUCCGAGACCCGUUGCCGGAGCUUCAGAAGGUGGAGCGCUUCCUGAACUUGCCUCCAAGGAUAGUAUCGUCCAACUUCUACUUCAACCAGACCAAGGGGUUUUACUGCAUCCGAAGCGACGGUCGAGAGCGCUGUCUGCACGAGUCUAAGGGACGUCCUCACCCGGCGGUGAACAGCACCGUCCUCCAGCAGCUCCGCUCCUACCUGCAGGAACACAACCGAACCUUCUUCAGGCUGGUGAAGCGCACCUUCGACUGGCAAUAAGAUCACAAAUCAGACUCACGGGAGCCACUACCUUGUCCUGCGACGACGACAAAACGGGGGCAUAAAGCACUUUACAGAACUGACAUUUAAAAACCCCUUUGAAUAGCCUCUCAAUAAGAACUGUUGUGAUCUCUGGUUUCAGCAGAGCAGCUCUAUAUUUACAUGAUAAGGCAGAAAAAUUGUAACUAGAGGCGUAAGAUUAAAUGGAAGAAUCUCCAAGCUUAAUAAGUCAUUUUCUCUGUGCUGGAAGCGUUUAAGUGAUCAAAUUGCAGCGAAAACAUUUAUGGACCUGAUGAACUUCUUUUCCCCUCUCUCUCUCUCUCUCUCUCUCUCUCUCUCUCUCUCUCUCUCUCUCUCUCUCUCUCUUUCUCCCUUUCUCUUGUUUGAUAUUCUUGUUCUUGAUAAUAAAUUGUUCUGCUUUCAAAUGUA